GUGAGUACUUUCCCGCCUCCUCUGGUUAGUGGCGGGUGUUUCUGAGCAGCUGUCCCCCAGCAGAGGACACCUGUUGUGGGGUCGAAUACCAUCUCUCCCCCCCCCUUUGAUGGUGUCUGAGAUAUGAGGCCUCAACCCAUAACACUGGCAGAGCUUCGGGAAGCGAUGGGCUUCGGAGGUGAAGCCCCUCCCCCUCCUCCUCCUCCCCCUCCUCCUCGUCCUCCCCCUCCUCCUGCUCCUGCUCCUCCUCCUGUGAUGUCAUCAGCCAUCUCUGUUGACGCUAAAGCCGACCUCACGUCCCUGCUGAACGAGUGGGAGGAGUCUCAGAGAGGGACCACGGAGACGCUGGUGUCCAUCCUCACCAGGUAAG